AUGGUCAAGUUACAACUGGAGUUCCUUCCUUACACCACAGGAUACGUCCAUGUUCAGACGAAUCCGAAACUGUUCUUCUCCACCGAGAGGACGGUGAAGAAUGGUCCACGGAUUGCGUCAAUCUUCAAAGAACUGGUGGCUGACAAGUAUGCAAACCGGUUAUGCGUCAAAGUACCCGCGACGUGGGAAGGCCUACAGGCCUGCCGGGCUCUUGAAGCGCAAGGCAUACCAACUCUGGCAACGACAAUGUUUUGCAUGGAGCAGGCGUCGCUAGCCGCAGACGCCAAUUGCACCUACAUUGCUCCGUAUGUGAAUGAGCUACGGGUUCACUUUGACAAGGGGUUUGUGGACGAGCACAAAGCUUUCGACUUUUGCGCGGAAACCCAGAGAUAUUACGAGAACAUUCAAGCAAAUACACAGUUGCUGGCGGCUUCGCUCACAUCCGUUGAAGAGGUCAUGCAGCUCGCAGGCGUGCAUCACAUCACCGUCUCUCCGCCGUUGUUGCGGGAGCUUGCCUCCACACCUGCCGAUCUGUGGCAGAGCUACUGUCUAAACGUUUUCUAA